AGACCCCAGGCUACCGAUUAACGUCCAUGUUUUGCUCCAGAUCAUCCCAUCCUCCCAGAGGGAAGGCAAUGGCUGCAGUGGAGCUGGCUCAGUAGAGUUUCCAGUUUCCAAACCUGAUGUGAUCUCACAGCUGGAACGAGGGGAAGAGCCGUGGGUCCCAGACCUCCAGGGCUCUGAGAAAGAAGUGCUUCCAAGAGCUGCCUUCCCAGGUAGUGAUCUAUGUCUGGAUUCUCUCUGUCUCCCUUCAGAUGAUGGGAUGGUGAGUCAGAAUGAGGAGGAGAAACCCCAUCAGGAAGAUGCUGAGCAAAGAGAACCACAUGGGAUGUUAUCAGGAAGAUCCAAAGGGAAUGUUUCCGGGAGUUGUGCACUCCCAGAAAAACCAAAAGCCUGUGAGACUCAGGGGAGGCCAGAGGGAAACUUUAGUAGCUUCUCAGACCUUAUAACAAGCGACAGAAUCAACUUGGAAGAGACACACUACAGGUGCCAUGAGUGUGGGAAAAGCUUCAAUUGGCGCUCACAUCUUAUCAGACAUCAGAGAAUCCACAUAGCUGAGAAACCUUAUGGAUGCUCUGAGUGUGGGAAAUGCUUCAUCGAUAGUUCAGCCCUCAUCUCACAUCAACGAAUUCACACAGGAGAAGCGCCCCACACUUGCUCAGAGUGCGGGAAGAGCUUCAGUCAGAACUCACACCUUAUCAGACAUCGGAGAAUCCACACAGGAGAGAAGCCCUACACGUGCGAUGAGUGCGGGAAAAGAUUUAGUCGGAGCUCACACCUUAUCAGACAUCAGAGAAUCCACACAGGAGUGACGCCUUACACAUGCGCUGAGUGUGGGAAAAGCUUCAGUCAGAACUCACACCUUAUCAGACAUCGGAGAAUCCACACAGGAGAGACACCUUACACGUGCACUGAGUGUGGGAAAAGCUUCAGUUACUGCUCUGCCCUUAUCAGGCAUCGGAGAAUCCACACAGGAGAGACGCCUUAUACGUGCACUGAGUGUGGGAAAAGCUUCAAUCAGCGUUCAAACCUUAUCAAACAUAGGAAAAUCCACAUGGGUGAGAAACCAUAUGGAUGCUCUGAGUGUGGGAAAAGCUUCAGUCAUAGCUCUGCCCUGAUCACGCAUCGUAGAAUCCAUACAGGGGAGAUGCCCUACACAUGCUCUGAGUGCGGGAAAAGCUUUAGUUGGAACUCACACCUUAUCAGACAUCAGAGAAGCCACACAGGGGAGACACCGUACAAAUGCUCUGAGUGUGGGAAAAGCUUCAGGCACAGCUCAAACGUUGUGCAGCACAGAAAAAUCCACAUAGGGGAGAGGCCCUAUGAAUGCCAUGAGUGUGGGAAAACCUUCACUUGCAGCUCAAACCUUACUAGGCACUGGAGAAUCCACACAGGAGAGCGGCCCUAUGAAUGCCGUGAGUGUGGGAAAAGCUUUAUUACCAGCUCAGCCCUUUCUCAACAUCAGAGAAUCCACACAGGGGAGAGGCCCUUUGAAUGCCGUGAGUGUGGGAAAAACUACGUUCACCGCCAGCAGCUUAUUAGGCAUCGGAGAAUCCACGCAGGAGACGCCUUCCACCAACAUGCAUGGCAGAAGAACCAGAGAGAGAUGAACUCUCAGAAGUGUUGGGACAAACCACAACUUGAGCCAAGAUUCAGGUGUUGGCAAUGGGGAUUAAAAGAAAACUAACGUAUAUGACCAGAAUUUGUGAUUUUUGAAUAUAUUAGUGUUACUAGUGAAAAUGAAAUUAUAGGUAAUGUUAUUGGUUAAAGAGUAAGAGACUAAUUGUUUGAUAAUCUGAAUUAUUUUGGAAAACUGAAAGUUGUCUUGUUUUUUCUUUUUUUAGUUGUACAGGAAAUGAUGUCCAAUCUUCAAAAGUUAAUUUGAUUUAAUUUGCCUCCUGUAGUGUAAGGAGCUCUGGUAGAAAACCUCACUCCAAAGGUUGGGGUGGGAGAAUAGGUGUUAGAAAGAGUGUAUAAGAGAAUAUUGGGUCUAUAUAGAUUUUAUUUUUUUGUAUUUCAAAUAGAGCAUAUUUUGCUUAGCUUCAAAGUCAAUUUCUAUUAAAAGGAAAACUACUCGAGG